CACACUGCUUAGUUGAUGCCGCACGCGUGUGUUUUCAAGUCACAAGAAAUUUGUUAAAAAUCUUGGCCUGCUGCAGUGCCGCUUAGUUUGUUUAUAUUUUGUAACAAUUCGUAGCACAAUUCAAAGUUUUAUAAAAGCGCCGCGUGUGGUAAACAAAGCAAUAACAUAAACCAGUUAUUGCUAAUCGACUAACACAUCAUCUAAACUACACAACCUGCCCCACCCAACGAUAACGAACACAAAAUGUCACAAACACCGCCCAAGGAUCCAAACAGUAAAUACGAUCUGAGCAAAAUUGGAGCACGAGUUGAUCGAGUCAAUGUGAAUGGCUUGCUGAGGACUCACAAUGAUUACGUAUUGCGGGCAGCCGAUGGCCUCUUUAAGGCUGACAAUUUUCAGGACAUGAUGAUCGAAGCAAUGGCGGCCAAAUCAUAUCUGCAUGAACUGGGCAUCUUCAAGGAUGUGAGCGUACAUAUUGAUAUCAGUCGUGGUGCAGAUGCCACGCCCCAAGGCUAUGAAAUAACACUCAAGGGCAACGAAUACUCGAGGAUUAUGGGUUCGGCGGGCACUGAAAUUGGCCAGAACGAAGGUUCGCUCCGCACAGAGCUGACCAUACCGAAUGUGCUUGGUCGCGGUGAAAGCAUCUCGCUGCAGGGCAGCUACAGCAGCACCAGAGCCAAUGAUCUGCAACUGAAGUUCUGGAAGCCCUUUUUCCAUACACGAUUCCGUGAGAAUCGACCAGAAAUGUCCUUCAGCGUGUUCCGGCAAACGGAUCGAUAUGACAUAAGCUCGUUUCAGACCACUAACUUGGGCUAUUUGGUGGACUUGAGUGCACACACAAUGCUGGGCGUGGAUCUCACACACUCGCUGCAGUAUGAGAACUCCAUUAGGGACGUGAGUUUGUUGAACAAAUCCGUGCCCAUCGCCAUACGUGAUCAUUGUGGACCAAAGUUGGCUUCACUUUUGCGGUACUCGGUGAUCUUUGACAAUCGCGACAGCAACGUAUUCCCCACAAAGGGCGUUCUAUUGAAGUCAGUCAACGAAUAUUGCGGACUGGGUGGAAACAUUUCAUACACCAGCAGCACAGCCCAUGGCGAAGUGAAUGUGCCGCUAUUUGCGGGAUUGGUGGCACAAUUCUGUGGCCGUGUCGGCGUCAUGAAGGAGACCAAAAAGACCACAAUACUGCCCAUUAACAAUUUGUUCUACUGUGGCGGACCUUUGACGCUGCGAGGCUUUAAAUAUGGCGGCGCUGGACCAGUUGUCGAUGGCACUCCCAUCGGUGCCCAGACUUUCUGGUGCACUGGCGCACAUCUGUGGACUCCGCUGCCGUUUGCCGGCGUCUUUAAGGGACUCGCUAGUCAUUUUAGAAUGCAUUUCUUCUAUAAUAUGGGCAACAGCAACAGUUUUAACACAGACAACAUGCGCAGCGCCUACGGCAUGGGAAUUGCUGUAAAGCUGGCGGAACGUGCUCGCAUCGAGUUGAACUACUGUGUACCUGUGCGCCGGCAAAACACUGACAAGGUUUUGAAUGGUUUCCAGUUUGGCAUUGGCUACGAGUUUGUCUAAAUCCUCACGGGGAAGUGCAAAUGUACUUAGCUAUAGAAGCCUUCAGAGUCCCCAAAAAGAACUGCAGCAAAGUUGUAAUGCUGCCCCAACCCACAAAUAGUCACUGUUAGUUUAUAGACUAUCGAUAUUUUGUUGUAUUUUUUUCGUCAAUGCAUUUUUUCAUCCUAAAAUUUAAUUGUAAAUCAGAACACAUUUUAAGUAUAGCAUUUAAGGCGUGUAUAUAGAAAAUAAAACGUUGAGCGAUUAAACUGUUAAA